CUCUGAUGCUGCCUCACACUCACCAAUCUUGACAGUUCGGCAAUGCACGAGAACCAUGUCGCUGUCUGCUAAUAUGGCAAGCAUUCCACAAUAAUAAUAGUAUAUUCCUAUUACCUCCUCGAGUUCCUCGACGGUCCCACUCCCCGGAGGCGCUGUGCGCUCCCAUUCAGCCUCCUCCAUUCUCCCACCACCUUUUCCACAUCUCUGGCACAAGACCUUACCUUCCCACUCAGCUACUCUGGAGAGACCUAUAGACGGUGUUAUAAUCCAUCAUGGCCCUCAAGUCGCGGUUUCACCGGCUGGAUGCGUUCACAAAGACCGUCGAAGAUGCACGGGUGCGGACGACCUCUGGCGGCAUCGUGACGAUUGCCUCGAUCCUAAUUAUUCUCUAUUUGGUAUGGGGAGAAUGGAGCGAUUACAGGAAGAUUCUAGUUAUGCCAGAGUUGAUUGUGGAUAAGGGGCGAGGCGAGAAGAUGGAAAUUCACCUGAACAUCUCCUUCCCCCGCAUCCCUUGCGAACUGCUCACUCUCGAUGUCAUGGACGUUUCGGGCGAGCAGCAGACGGGAGUCGUCCAUGGCGUCAACAAAGUGCGCCUUUCCUCCGUCACCGAGGGAUCCAAGAUCAUUGACACGACCGCCCUGAUUCUGCAUAAUGAACAAGACAACGCCGCGCACCUGGAUCCAGACUACUGCGGCUCCUGCUACUCCGCUCCUCCUCCGGCCAAUGCGACAAAACCCGGCUGCUGUAAUACGUGUGACGAGGUGCGGGAAGCGUAUGCCUCCAACAGUUGGGCGUUCGGACGGGGCGAAGGCGUGGAACAAUGCGAGCGGGAAGGAUAUGGUGAAAGACUCGACGCACAACGCCAGGAGGGAUGCCGCAUUGAGGGCGUCAUUCGCGUGAACAAGGUCGUGGGGAACUUCCACAUUGCGCCCGGUCGCAGCUUCUCAAAUGGAAACAUGCACGUGCACGACUUGAAUAAUUACUUCGACACGCCCGUCGAGGGCGGACAUACGUUCACGCAUGAGAUCCACUCGCUGAGGUUUGGCCCGCAGUUGAGUGACGAUGACAUGGGAGUGACGGCGAAAUGGAGCGAUCAUCACCAUGCGAAUCCUUUGGACGGCGUGAAGCAGGAGACGGAGGAACCCGGGUUCAACUUCAUGUAUUUCAUCAAGGUGGUGAGCACGAGUUAUCUGCCGCUUGGGUGGGAUGAGGAUCGGAGUGCGAAGCAGCACUCGUCUCUGGCGGACUUGAUACCGCUGGGCAUGCAAGGCAAGGGAGCCGGCAGCCAAGGCUCGAUCGAGACGCAUCAGUACUCUGUCACGUCACACAAGAGAUCUCUGAGUGGUGGGAACGAUGCGGCCGAGGGACACAAGGAGAGACUCCACGCGCAUGGAGGGAUUCCGGGCGUCUUCUUCAGUUACGACAUUUCUCCGAUGAAGGUGAUAAACCGCGAGGCGAGGCCGAAGACCUUUGCCAACUUUUUGACGGGUGUCUGCGCGGUGGUGGGCGGGACGCUGACGGUGGCGGCAGCGAUUGAUAGGGGUUUGUACGAGGGGAGUACGAGGUUGAAGAAAGUCCAUCAGGGGUGAGAUAGAGGAGUAGAACGAUCUUUUGGGAGGAAAAUAUGACGGGUUCAUCUUGCAUCUAGCAUGGGCGUUGUACGGUCACGUUCCUGGGCGGACAUGAGAGAACAUUGUUUCUAUAUCCAAGGGAAAACGGUACUGGCUGCUUUACUUGGAACCUUCAGACCAAAAGAUGGGCGAGCAGUCAGUCUCGGUGUCAGUCUCGGCCCUCCCACUCAGUCCUGCUUUUGUCCCCGUUGGCAAUCAGUAUAGCCUAGAAAGAUUGCAAAUCAACCGUCAGCGAACUCUGCUCAAUAGAUUUGAUUUUCACUGAAAAAGUGAAUCAAAGGUAAAAAGACAGGAGAGAGAAUCUUUUGUUUCCCUUUCCC